UCAUAUAACAAAUAAAUAUAAAUAAUUAUUGUUAUGAAACACUAUGCAUACAUUACAGUUUAUCUAUAAACAUUAUAAUUAACAACAAAUUUUUUUAAAAAUAUUCUAAUCCCUUAUAUAAGUAUAAUAAUAUAUUAUUUUAAUCACUCUUUAUGAAUAAUUAUAUAUUAAAUAAUAAUCACCAAGCAAAUUAUUUUCAUAACUAUUUGUAUUGAGGAAUAGAAACUAUUUGCAUGCAUAUAUUUUAAGUAUAAACUUGAUUAACACUGAAAGAACAUUAGUAAAAUAAUUUAUUUUUUUUGUAUUAAUUAUCAUAAUAAUAUAGUUAUUUAUCAUAUAUUACUUAAUAUACAAUAUAAUUAUUUAUAAUAUAUAUAAUAAAAAUAUUAUUUUUCACAUAUAUUUUUUUUAAUUUUGUAAGUAUAAUUCAUUACUAGUAUUUUUUAAAAUUGAGGAAAUCAUAUACAUAUAGUUGUUGUAAAUUCAAGUCAUGGUGGAAAUUCUUUUGGUCCCUACACAUACUGCAAAUGUCAAAAUUUUUGCUUGGCGAGUUCUCCAUGACGCAUUACCAGUAGCUACUUCACUUGUUAGGAGGAAGAUCAUAACCGAUUCGACUUGCUCGAUCUGUAGACAAUCUUGGGAAUCAACGAGGCAUGCACUCUUCAGUUGUAAAUAUGCCAAGGCUGUUUGGCGAUCUCAGAACUUUUCGUUCAAUUGGCAUGCUUGUACCUCGAUGCGAAGUGGUGAUUACUUGCUGCAUCUUUCAACCACAUACACUAAGUUUGAGAUGGAACAAAUUUUUUGUACUAUGUGGGCCAUCUGGACAGAGAGAAAUAAGGUAGUGCAUGGUUCAACUGCACGAUCAGCCCAGAAUUUGGCCACAUUUGCCUCUGUUUGGCUUCAGAAUUAUCGAGCAGCUCAACAACACCAUGCUUCAACUGCUUCUACAUCAGCAGCGCCACAUCAGCAACCACAGGCGACGACAACUUCAACUUCUGCACCAGCAGCUUCGCACCAGCAACGUGCACAAACUCAGUCUCAAUCGUGGUCCCCUCCAACUCCAGGCGGCUUUAAGUUGAACGUUGAUGUAGCUGUCAAUCCUUCAAUGAAUACAACAGGUGUGGGGGCUGUUAUUCGAGAUUCUAAUGGACACGUUGUGGCGGCUAUGUCAAUGCCAAUUGUUGGUAAUUUUAAAUUUCAUGAAAUGGAAGGCAAAGCACUCUUCCACAGUCUCAAUUGGGCUAUUCAACAACAGUUACCGGUUACACAAGUCGAGACUGAUGCCCUCAUGGUGACAAAUGCUUUGACUGCUCCCUUCAAUCCAAAUUCCUCUUUUUCAGAUUUAAUAGUUGAUGUAAUUAGUCUUUUAUUCUUUUUCCCUAACGUACGUUCUGCAAAUGAAGCGGCUUAUGGCCUUGCUAAGUUUGCUUUAGGGGUGGAUGAGACUUGUUCUUGGUUGGAGGUUAUUCCUUCACCUAUAGACUUUGAUUGUUUAAUAAUAACAAGUAUUUUUCUCAAAAAAAAAAAAAAAAAGUUGUUGUAAAACCUCGUUACGUUUUUCUGCAACUCUAAUCAAUUCUACUUCAACCUCCAAACAUUCAGUACUUUCCUUCUUCCACCUUAAAUUUCACUCCCAAAUCUAAACCCUAACGUCUUUCACCCAAUUUCAACUUCUAGGGUUUUCAGAACUUGAAGAAGAAAAAGAAGAAGAAAGAGGAGAAAAGGGGUUUAGUAAUUUGCCCAAGAUGUUAGGCGGAUUGUACGGUGACCUCCCUCCGCCCUCUUCCGCCGAUGAAGAGAAAUCAACCAACUCCUCCGUCUGGUCAAGCAGCACAAAAAUGGCACCGCCGACACUUCGUAAACCCUCGUCAAUUUUCGCCCCACCACAAACGAUUUUAAAGCCCCAAAUCAAGAACAAGCCUUUAACUUCGGUGCAGCCAAAACCUAUCACGUCGCCGGCGGUGGCGGUGGCGCCUCUGCCUUCGAUAAUUCCGGAGGUUGUUGCGCAGCCUGCUCUUGUGGGUGUUACUUCCACGGUGAUUGAAGAGUAUGAUCCGGCGAGGCCCAAUGAUUACGAGGAGUAUAGGAGGGAGAAGAAGAAGAAAUUGAUGGAUGCCGAGAUUAGGAGAGAGCUCGAGAGAAGGCGGCAAGAGGAAGAGGAGAGGGAAAAGAGAGAGAAGAGGGAGAGAGAAGAGAGGGAGAAGGAUAGGGAUAGGGAUAGGGAUAGAGAUCAUGGUGAUUCGCGGUUGAACAUUUCGGGUGAGGAAGCUUGGAGAAGGCGUGCGGCGAUGAGUAGUGCAGUGCCUGUGCCUAGGUCGCCAUCUCCACCGAAUAAUGUAGAUGGGUUUGCCAUUGGAAAGUCGGAAACCAGUGGAUUGGGAUUGGGUGCUGGUGGUCAUAUGACUGCUGCACAGAGAAUGAUGGCGAAAAUGGGGUGGAAGGAGGGUCAAGGGCUUGGCAAGCAGGAACAAGGGAUUACUACUCCAUUGAUGGCCAAGAAAACUGAUCGUCGAGCUGGGGUCAUUGUAAAUGCUAGUGAACAGAAGUCGGAGAAGAAGGUGAAGAGUGCUAGUCUUAAUGGACCACCCACUCGGGUUCUUAUGCUUAGAAAUAUGGUGGGACCUGGUGAGGUAGACGAUGAGCUAGAAGACGAGGUAGGAUCAGAGUGCGCAAAGUACGGAACAGUUACUCGGGUUCUUAUAUUCGAAAUAACAGAGCCAAAUUUCCCAGUUGAUGAAGCAGUAAGAAUCUUCGUGCAGUUUGAGAGAUCUGAGGAAACUACAAAAGCAUUAAUUGACCUCGAUGGUCGGUACUUUGGGGGAAGAACUGUCCGUGCCUCAUUCUACGACGAGGAGAGGUUUGGCAAGAAUGAAUUGGCUCCAAUGCCUGGAGAAAUCCCGGGUUUCUUUUGAGCUGGACAUAAAGUUCAAAUGAAUAUCAAAUUCUUUCAUUGAGUAAGGGAAUGGUAGAGUUGGAUUCAAAGAAAUGUUGUAAGUAAAUGAUUGUAUUGCAAUAGAGUGAUAAGUUAGCCGUGACUUCAUACCAUCUUGGGGGGCGUUUUACUCACUAAUUUUAUUCAUAGUUUAGUAAAUUGUUGAAGAACUUGCCAAAUCUAAUUAUCUGAAUUGUGAAUCCAUUCUGGCCAUUCUUGUAUACUGUUUAUGUAAGAGGCAAUAAUGCUCAAGUUUUGACUUCUCAGGGGAA